UUCUGCUACAUUACACCAUGAACAAUAGUUUGUUUCUGUUCCCUUUUUUUGUACUCCAGUGUGAAGUUAAUUAUUUAUUUGCUAUUUCAUGUUGACACACAAUUACAAAAUUCCCUGAUCCGUACUUGUUUGUACUUGUCUUAGUUUGGUUUUAUUUCCACAUGGAAAUAUAGAAAAACAUAUAAAACAUUUGCAAGGGAAUGUGAAGGACAAUUAAAUUAUUGAAUUUAAUUAUACAGACUUCAUACAUAAACAUUAAUGAACACUGUUAAUUGUUCAUUGUUGAUUAGAGCUCUUUGAUUGUAAAAGCUCUUUGAACUAACUCUAAUUCACACUAAUCAUAUUACAUCAACCUCUCUUGGUGGAAACCAGUCGAAAUCAAUUAGUCAAAUCCUUUUGGCACUGCAGAGAAUUUACAGUAAAGGCAUUCAGUCCCUGCUGUGUGAAAUAAAUCUAGAUAAGAUGUGAAUGUGAUUUAAGUCACAGAGUUACUGUUGAAGGAGAGGCGUCUCUGUGGUCGGAGGCAAAGCAGGGGGAGUGGAUGGAGGAAAGGGGCCGAGCAACACCAGUGUGUGUCCAGAAACCAGACGGAGGCUUGGGAUGUGAGCAUGGUUACAGUCUGGAGACGCUGCUUUCACUGACAUCCCCUUCUAUUUCUGAAGAACAUUUGGGAUUUAUUGAAGAUUUCUGCAGACAGGAUUGAGAAGUACUGUUCUAAAGCAAGGAGCUCUUCUGUCAGCUGUUCCUCCAUCUUCGUUUCUUCAUAAACGCUGCAGUUGUCACAUCUUGUCAGAAUGAGGUCCUUGGUUCUCGGCCUCUUCUGCCUGUUGUGUUGUGAUGCGUUUCUUUUCAACCGACGGCGUCCGAAGCCCCUCCCGGGCAAAACGCGAAAUGAGACGACGGUCCAACCCAAACCAACAGAUAUCUCCUGCAAACCCACCCCUCUGGAUUUCGUCUUCGUCAUCGACAGCUCCAGAAGCAUCCGCCCAGACGACUACGAGAAGGUCAAGACCUUUAUCAUCAACCUGCUCCAGUUCCUGACGGUGGCUCCUGAUGCCACACGGGUCGGUCUGCUCCAGUACGGUAGUGAGGUCCAGAACGAGUUCUCCCUGAAAACCUACAGCACCAGGGCCGAGGUGGAGCAGGCUGUGAGGAACAUGGAGCACCUGGCCACGGGGACCAUGACGGGCCUGGCCAUCCAGUACACCAUGGAGACGGCGUUCACAGAGGAGGAGGGAGCCCGGCCCAAAGAACUGCUCAUCCCACGCAUCGCCAUGAUCGUGACCGACGGGAGACCUCAGGACACGGUGGAGGAGGUGGCGGCUCAGGCCAGGCAGUCCGGCAUCCAGAUCUUUGCCAUCGGAGUGGGCAGGGUGGACAUGAACACCCUGAAGGCCAUAGGGAGCGAACCCCACUCAGAACAUGUGCAUCUGGUGGCCAACUUCAGCCAGAUCCAAACCCUGACCUCAGUGUUCCAGUCCAAACUGUGUGGAGGUUCAGACAUGUGUGAGGUGGUUGAUCAUCGGUGUCAGCACAUCUGUGUGAGCAGCCCGGCCUCGUACAGGUGCAAAUGUAGGAAAGGCUUCAUCCUCAACCCAGAUGGAAAGACGUGUAAAGCUGAGGAUAUGUGUGCUGAGGUGGAUCACGGCUGUCAACACAUCUGUGCCAACAUCCCCGAUGGCUACGAAUGUCGCUGUCGUCCAGGAUAUCAACUCACUGUGGACAUGAAGACAUGCAACAGAAUAGACUACUGUGACCUGGGGAACCACGGCUGUGAGCAGGACUGUGUCAGCAUUCCCGAGUCCUACAUCUGCAGGUGUUCGAAGGGCUACGUUCUCAAUCCAGACGGCAAGACCUGCAGAAAGAUUGAUCACUGUGCUGAUGGAACCCACGGCUGCGAACAGGAGUUUAUGAAUACUGACAAGGCCUGUGUGUGUAAAUGCAGAAAAGGAUACACACUCAGGCGGGAUGGGAAAACAUGCAAAAAGAUCGACCACUGUGCGGACGGGAAACACGGCUGCGAACAGGAGUUUAUGAACACUGAGGAUGCAUGUGUGUGUAAAUGCAGAGAAGGAUUCACACUGCGGCCUGAUGGAAAAACAUGCCAAAGUCUGGAUCUGUGUCAGACUAUCGAUCACAGCUGUGAACACCUCUGCGUCAACACCAACGACUCCUACGUUUGCAGAUGUUUUGAAGGAUUCAUCCUGGCUGAAGAUGGGAAGAGCUGCAAAAAGUCCGAGUGCGGUGAUGGUGUCAUGGAUCUGGUUUUUGUGAUCGAUGGUUCCAAGAGUCUGGGUCCCACCAACUUCGAGCUGGUUAAACAGUUUGUGAACAGCAUCGUGGACUCUCUGGACAUUUCCAGGACGGGUACACAUGUGGGCCUCCUCCAGUAUUCCACCAAAGUACGCUCAGAGUUCACCUUGGGCCAGUUCACCAGCGCCCAGGACGUGAAGCAGGCCGUGUCCCGGAUUCAGUACAUGGGCAGAGGAUCCAUGACGGGUUCAGCCUUACGCCACAUGUUUGAGGUCAGCUUCUCGUCUAAAGAAGGAGCCAGAUCCAACAUCCCGCGGGUCAGUAUCGUGUUCACUGAUGGACGAUCACAGGACGACGUCUCUGAAUGGGCCAGUAAAGCCAAAAACUCCGGAGUCACUAUUUAUGCCUUGGGCGUUGGUAAAGCCAUCGAACAGGAGCUGAGAGAAAUUGCAUCAGAACCGGAUGAGAAGCAUCUUUAUUAUGCUGAGGGGUUUGAAAAAAUGGGAGAAAUUACAAAGAAGCUCAAGUCCAGCAUGUGUAUAGAUAAACCUGAUGAAAUCAUGUGCAAGUGUGAGAACGUGAUGAUGUUUCAGAAGGAGGUGAAUGAGAAGCUGAAGGACAUGAUGAAGAAUAUUGAAGCCAUGUCGAAGAGGCUGGAGACGCUGGAGAAUCAAGUUGUGCGUAAAUAAAAAUCCAAGUCCGACUUCAGGCGUCUGAACGUCAGAGUCACAGGAUCCAUCUAAUCCUGCUCACCAUCAUAUGCUAAAACAUAUGCAAAUGCUUUCUACUGAAGCUAUUUAUACACUUUUGUAUACAACAAAACAUUCUGUAUUUUUGUCAUUAAUGUUCUUUGCAGUGUAAUGCCGAGUCAGUAACAUUUUUGUACAGAAAACUGACAAAUAAACAUUUUACACCUGAAUUUGGUUUGUGGCAAAAUCCCAUCUAUACGACACUGAAAUGAUUUGAUAAGGAUUGAAAUGUUCAUUUAUCAUUAGGGGU